AUGCAUCUUAACUUGGUCUCAGAAAGGGAAGGCAUGGAAAUGAAGUCAACAACUUUGACACCAAUUUCUGAAGUUUACUUACUCCUCCCCAGGGGCCUCUGGCCUCUUUCUUGGACCCAAAUGGUCAAUAUUAGACCUUUGGAUGCUUCAAGGGAGAAGCCCUUGAGGGAGAGUCAACAAACAACCCCUUCAUUGUUUAUUCAUCAACUUUAUCUCUUCUAG